AUGAGCUUUGUGAGGGCCUUCUCGUUUCUCACGGCUGUCAGUCUCGUGACAUACACUAUUCUUUCAAUAGCGACGUCAUUUGGACCCGCUGAAAUGCCAGAGUUCAACAAGAAUGAGACUGUUCGUGAUAUCCCUGCCUUUGGACUGGGGACUUGGUUAGCUGGGAAAGGAGUGGUCGUUCCUGCUGUAGAAUAUGCUCUCAAAGGUGGCUAUCGACACAUCGAUACUGCCCUGAUAUGGCGCAACGAAGAAGAGGUUGGCAAGGGUAUCAAAGCCUCAGGUGUAUCACGCGAUGAAAUUUGGGUAACCGGUAAACUGUGGAACACGGAUCAUCGUCCUGAACUAGUACGCAAGGCUAUCGAGACCUCUAUCGCGAAUCUUGGCGUUGAGUAUCUGGAUCUGUACCUCAUCCACUACCCUGUGGCUUGGGUUCCCGAGACGCGAGAUGUGGAUAACAACACUUCCCUCAUCGACACUUGGAAGGCCAUGGAGGAACUCGUUCGCGCUGGUCUGACGCGCAACAUCGGCUUCUCCAACUUUGCCCCAAAGGAUAUCAAAAAGAUCCUCGAGAUUGCCAGCAUCCAGCCAUACGCUCACGAAUUCGAGACACAUCCCUACCUCCAGCAACAGUCCUUUGUUGAUUUCCACAAGAAAGAAAGCAUCAAAGUGAUCGCCGCAUCACCCCUCGCAAAUACGAAUCCGACGUACGGCGAUAAAUACCCGAGUAUUCUGCAUGACGAGUUCUGGGUGAAGCUCGCCGAGGAGAAGAACGCGACAGUCGCUCAGACGAUUCUCGCUUGGGGACAACAACGCGGGACGAUCGUGAUUUCGAAGAGCACGCAUAGCAAUCAUAUUGCCGAGAACCUUUGUUCUCAAGGAAUCGAGUUUACCAAAAGUGAACUUGAAGAGAUUGCAAAGCAAGACAAGAAGCUGAGGCUGUUGAAUCCUAUCCACUGGGGGAUGGAUCUGUUCGAGGGUCUAGACGCAGGUGCUGCCGAGAAAGAGGAGCCAAAGAAGGAAGAGGAGGAGCGUAAUUUGGACUUGUGA